GCUGGGUUUGGGUGAACAGAUCAGUAUUUCUAGUUUUCCCAAUGGGAAGAAUAGCCCCGGUUUGUGCCGCCCGCCAGGGCACAGGCGCGAGGGCAGUGGCCUGAUGGCCGCGACCUGCCUCUGCUGCGUGGCUGCAGUGUGGAGCGCUUGAUCCGCCUCAGCGCAGCGCUCGGCACCCAGGACGGCUCUGCUGAGCAAGGCGCAGCCCCGCCUUCCUGACCUCUGUGCUUCUCUGAAUGUGAGCCUCGCGGAGGGGAGAAGAUGCUGGCGACUGGAGGGAAAGCCAAGCCCAGGCCCACGGCUCCAGUGGCGUUUUCAGACUUGACCAUCUGCUUCUCCCAGGAAGAGUGGGGCUGGCUGAGCCCCACUCAGAAGCUUUUGUACGAAGAGGUCAUGUUGGAGAACUACCAGAACCUGGUGUCGGUCGGUCUUUGCACUCGGAAGCCCCAUAUCAUCACCUUACUGGAGAAAGGAAAGGAUCCCUGGAUUGCAGAGCCACUGAGGAAACGCGGGGGCCCCGACCCAGCGUCUAGGUAUGAGAUCAAGAAGCCACCAACUCCGGUCAGCAGAACGAAGCAAAUCUGCCGAGAGCCCCUUUCUAUGCAAAUGAAGAGCCCCACCGGCAGGAGGGCACAGUUACUCCACAGUAAAGCCGUGAAAGGGGCUCUAGUGACGAAGCCUUUGCAGUGCGAGGACUGUGGGAAGCCCUUCAGUCAGAGAUCUUCGCUCAGGCUUCAUCAGCAGGUCCACACCGGAGAGAGGCCUUACGAAUGCAGCCACUGCGGGAAAGUGUUCAGGCAGAUCGCAUCCCUCAUUCUUCAUCAGAGAAUUCACAGUGAGGCGAAGAGCUAUGAAUGCGAUCAUUGCGGGAAAAGUUUCAGGAAACACAUAACCCUCAUUCUGCAUAGGAGAAUUCACCGUGGAAAGGAGACACCUGCUGGUAGGUUGGCCUCGAGUCCCAGCACGUCCCUCAGUGCGCAGGCCAGCAGUCCGGCUGUCGAGAACGCCCUCCAGUGCAGGAAGUGCGGGAAAGCCUUUAGUCGCAUGGCAGCCCUUUUACUUCAUAGGAGAAUUCACAGGAAAGGGAAAAUACACAAGUGUAAAGCAUGUGGGAAGGGCUUCAGGAAGAGCUCAGUCCUUGCUGCACACAGAAGAAUGCAUAGCAGAGAGAAGGCCCACACGAGUGAGUCGACCUUGCGUCAGCGCACACAGCGAAGACGCCGCUAUUUAGAGAAUCCUUUUAAGUGCAAAAAGUGUGGUAAGUCCUUUAAUAGGAUUUCACCACUUUUGCUUCAUCACAAAAUCCAUACUUCAAAGAAACCCUAUAAAUGUGAUAAUUGCAAGAAGGAUUUUCAGCGGCUUUCAACCUUUAUGCUCCAUAUAAAAAUGCAUAAGGGAGAGAGGGCUUUUCGAUGUAAUAAAUGUAUGAAGGCCUUCAAGCGAAAUUCAACCCUUAUGAAACACCUGAAAGUUCAUAAGAGGAAGAAGAAGUUUGAGUGUAAAGACUGUGGAAAGAUGUUCACUGAAAUGGCAAACCUUAAAGUACACCAGAACAUACAUUCUGAAAAGAAGUCUUUCAAAUGCAGUAAGUGUAGUAAGGUGUUUGGCCGCCAGACAUUUCUUAUUGAACAUCAGCGAAUCCAUACUGGAGAGAAACCCUAUCCAUGUGAGGAAUGUGGGAAAGCCUUCAGUCACCGGAUAUCACUUACUCGACACAAGAGAAUUCACAGUGAGGACAGACCCUACGAGUGUGAGCAGUGUGGGAAGGCCUUCAGCCAGAGCGCCCACCUUGCCCAGCACGAGCGAAUCCACACCGGUGAGAAGCCGUACAGCUGCAGAACGUGCAAGAAGGCCUUCACUCAGCGCAUAUCCCUUAUUCUCCAUGAACGAAGUCACACUGGAGAGAAGCCUUACGAAUGUGAUGAGUGUGGGAAGGCAUUCACCAGUGGGUCAGACCUUAUUCGACAUCAGAGAAGUCAUUCUUCAGAGAAGCCCUAUGAAUGUAGCAGGUGCGGGAAGGCGUACAGUAGGAGCUCAUCCCUGAUUCGACAUCAGAGCAUACACUCCGAAGAGAAGGCCUAAGGUAGUUUCCUGGUGUGUGCUGCAUAUGGAUUUUGAAAUGAGAUCGUGAUGUACUUCCUAGGUAGCCAUGGAUUUCCAGGCUUACAUGUUUCUCCUGCUUCAGCCUCCCACGUAGCUUUUUUGAAGGCUAUAAAAGCUAAGAAUGAGGCUAUCAAAGAAGCAGUGAGAAGCCUGGGAAAAUUGUACAGUUAUCCUUGACUUAUGAUGCAGUUAUUUCCUAUAAACAUCACAAAUUGAGCAUAUCAGAAAUGUGUUUGAGCCAGGCAUGAUGGUGCAUGCCUGUAAUC